UUUUGCUCCCUAUCUUAUCUUCACCUCUCUAUCGCGACUCUCUGCUAGUACUUCCCGCAGAGCUCUGCAAAGGCCAAAUAGGAAGAAGUAGAGUCCAUUUUCAGCAAAAAUGGCAAUACAAUGUUCUACAUCUUCUCUGUUUCUUAGCUCCUCUUCGCCAGUGGCCUUUUCUUCUUCUUCUUCUUCUUCUUCUUCUGUAAAGAAGAGCCCUUUUCUGGGAUUCUCAAUUUCUGCCGCCUUAUCAUCAACAAGGCCGUCCCUCAUCAGAACCAAACCAAAUGCUCUUGUCCGCUGCCAAAGUAAAGAUGCUGCUGUUCACAUCCCUGUGGACCAGAGAUGGAUGUUUGAAGAAUCUGAAAUUAAUGGCCCUGAUAUUUGGAACACAACAUGGUAUCCCAAAGCUGCAGAUCAUGUAAAUACUGAUAAACCCUGGUACAUCGUUGACGCGACUGAUAAAAUUCUUGGCAGAUUAGCUUCAACUAUAGCUAUCUAUAUCAGAGGGAAGAAUCUAGUAACUUAUACUCCUAGUGUGGACAUGGGAGCCUUUGUCAUAGUGGUUAAUGCUGAAAAGGUAGCCGUAUCUGGCAAGAAGAGGAACCAAAAGCUUUACAGAAGGCAUUCAGGGAGACCUGGUGGGAUGACAGUGGAAACCUUUGAUCAGCUUCAAAAGAGAAUUCCUGAAAGAAUCAUUGAGCAUGCAGUCCGUGGCAUGCUUCCAAAAGGGCGGCUCGGAAGAGCAUUAUUCAAUCAUCUGAAAGUAUAUAAAGGCCCAAACCAUCCUCACGAGGCACAAAAACCCAUUGACUUGCCCAUAAGGGACAAAAGGAUACAGAAGUAGAUAGUAUCCAAAUCUAUUAGGAGAUCAGCUGUCAGUUUACCUUCUACUUCUUUUGGUUCAGCAUCACUCGUCAGUUCUAUCUGAAGCAUCUAAUUAAAAUUUCACCUUUUUUGGAGGUCAUUUUGUAGGUUUCAUUUGUCCAACUGAUGUAUUAACCAGAUUCAAUUGUGUACUCAUACAGCAUACUUCUCUUAAUUAGCUUCGAAGCUUUGAGAGAGAUUCUCUAAAAACCAAAGUCUGUUGGCUAUUUGCAUCAUGACACGUGGGUAAAAUCACGUCAAGGAGUUAAUAUCAA